CCGCCUACAGAGAGCUGGAGUCAAGGGCGGGGCGGCCGCUCGCUUUGCUUCCAUCAUGGGUGCAGAGUCCAAUGUCCCUGUGGACCCUUCCUCGCCAGCUUGCUCCGAACCAGACGGCCAUGGUGGAGGUGCAGCUGGAGAUGCAGUACCAGUGUCCCCAGAUGCUCCUGAUCGCCUUCAGCGCCUGCACCAGAGCGCUGGAGCCGGUCCACCUCUUUGCCCUCCGCAUCAGCACCUGCAUCCGGCCCAAUGUGGAAGCCGUGAGCAACAUUCACAAUUUGAACUCCGUCAGUGAAUCCCCCCAUGAACGCAUGCACCCCUACAUCGAGUUGGCCUGGGGCUUCUCCACCGUUCCGGGGAUCCUCCUCUUCCUGGCAGAGGUAGUGCUCCUGUGCUGGAUCAAAUGCCUCCCUGUGGACUCGAGCGCGAAAGAAGGGCCCAACUCCAAGCCAGGGCCAACGCAGGCCACCCUGGUGUCCACUAUCAUCCUGGUGCCCGUGGGGCUCAUCUUUGUCGUGUUCACCAUUCACUUCUAUCGUUCCUUGGUCCGACACAAAACAGAGCGUCACAAUCGGGAGAUAGAGGAGCUUCACAAACUGAAAGUCCAGUUGGACGGCCACUAGGGGAGCUUGCAGGUCGUGUGAGUAGCCAGACACACUGGUGGGAGGGGGGUUGUCCUUGUUAAGGGCAAACAAGCUGGGAAUAAAACAGGCAUUUUGUUCUCAGGAAAAAAAAAAAAAAGGCUGUUCUAGGAUACAGGUGAAUUGCCAAAGUGCCAAGGUAAAUUUCACCAACCGAAAAAGGAGCAAAUGGGAAGUCAUAACAUCACAAGUUGAGAG